UGUCGACUAUCGAAACCUUUCCUGGGCUGAUCGUAUGCGGUGGCGCAUCAGAUAUUUCCCGAGCCCCCAGCGCUACAUAGAACUGCGGCAGUAUCAGCAUGUCUACGAUAACAUGAGGACAGUAAUUUUGCUUCCCUCCGGCUCCACCGGGAAAACGCCUUCAUGUGUGGCUUGAACUCACAAAGUGAGAUUCAGGUCUACUAGUACCUGCACAUGCCAGACGGCCCGUGUGGCAGUGGCAGGGUUCAAAGAACCAAUGUGGGAUUUCAAAAUGUGACGCCCAUCGCUGAUGUGAAAGCUAGACCAUUCAGUACAAAUCAAAGAUAUCUCAGAGUAUUGUAUUUGGCUGCGGUCCUCAUUUUUACCACUGACUUCAUGGUACAUACCAUGGGACGUUUUGCGGCUUCAAGCAUGCGUAGAACCUAUCUGUUACAUCUCCCAACCCGCGAACCCGGGCCAAUCUUACUGAUUGAAGGAUCCUCACCUUCCUGGCUUCCUGAUCAGGGUGGCAACACGAGGCUCCAGGGACUAUCAAGCCUUAUUAAUACCGUGGGUCUCAUCCAUCAGAUGCAGGCGUUAUGCAGUAAUUUCUGGCGCAGUAAGCGCCUGCCACUGCUCAAGAAUUAUCGCGGUAAUCCUCUGGCCAGACGACAAGACCUCCGAUGUGCUAUCAGUUAUCAGUCUUCAGUCUUUGGUCAUCAUGUAAUCAAGGUUAUGGCAUACGAGGUAUCGUUUUGAAGCCAAGUACGUACACGGCGCUUCGAGCUUCGAGCUAGCUCGAUGAUAAACCACCUGUUUUUAAAUGGGUGCUGUGAUUCGGGACAAAGAACCGAAAAAUACAAGCGCAUGCUUACCGCAUGGAGGUCGCACGCAGUAUUCUGGCCUCUAUUUUGAUCUC